UCAUUCACUUGUGACUUGCAAAUAUUACUACUCAGGUUUACUAUUUAGAGAUAAAGGGAUCAUGCUGUUUGUCAGAUUAAUAAUGCAGAGAAAAAUCCAGGAGAGCCUAAAUUGCUUGGCUGAGAAAGGAAGAAGGAUUCUUGCACUUGUGGUGCCAUCUGAGGACCAAUAAGAACAAGGCAGAAGAUCUGCAUAGAUAGAUAUGUCUGGCCCCAUAUUGGCUUAUAAAAGAUACAUAAACUCGAUCAAUUCAGCACAUCAAACAACACACCUAAUACCUUCUUCAACAGUUCACCAGCCUUUUUUUUUUCUCUAACCAAAGCAAAUGGCAUCCAUGGCUCUCUCAUCCCCAUCAUUUGCAGGCACCGCUGUAGCUUUGAACUCGCAAUCAGAAUUUCCAACCAAUGUUAGACCCAGUAGCAUCGGAAGGAUCAUGAUGAGGAAGACAUCAGCAAAGAAGCCUGCUGCUGCUUCAGGAAGUCCAUGGUACGGUCCAGACCGUGUCAAGUACCUUGGACCCUUCUCUGGUGAGUCUCCAUCGUACCUAACUGGUGAAUUCCCUGGUGAUUAUGGCUGGGACACUACUGGACUAUCUGCAGAUCCAGAGACAUUUGCCAAGAACCGGGAACUUGAGGUAAUUCACUCGAGGUGGGCCAUGCUUGGAGCUUUGGGAUGUGUUUUCCCUGAACUUCUCUCUAGAAACGGAGUUACAUUUGGCGAACCUGUUUGGUUCAAAGCUGGUUCUCAGAUUUUCAGUGAAGGUGGACUUGACUACUUGGGAAACCCCAGCUUGGUCCAUGCGCAGAGCAUCCUAGCCAUUUGGGCAACCCAAGUUAUUCUUAUGGGUGCUGUCGAAGGUUAUAGAGUUGCCGGCGGUCCCCUAGGUGAGAUCGUCGAUCCACUUUACCCUGGAGGUAGCUUUGACCCCUUAGGACUUGCAGAGGACCCAGAGGCAUUUUCUGAGCUAAAGGUAAAGGAACUUAAGAAUGGGCGACUUGCUAUGUUCUCCAUGUUCGGAUUCUUUGUUCAGGCUAUUGUUACCGGCAAAGGUCCUCUAGAAAACCUGGCAGAUCACCUUUCUGACCCUGUAAACAACAAUGCUUGGUCCUAUGCUACCAACUUUGCACCAGGAAAGUGAGAAUAUACAUGGCAGUGAGCUAAGGUGAUAUCACUCCUGCAAGGGUGAUAGAGUUUGCUUUUCUUGUCCUUCGGCUAUGUUUAUUUUUGUACAUUCAUUUAGCUUGUGAAAUUGGGUAGCCUAUCUUGUAAAAUGUGAAACCUAAAUUUGAUCGGAAUACAACAACAAUCAUUCUUCUGUGCAAGUGCAAGAUUCUUAUUCUUCAGGAUUUGCUUCUUUUCCAUUCAGAGUGAAAGCAUGUAUGUUUUUAGCUGUGCAACCCUAUAAUUUACAUGGAGAUAAAUGGCAAGCAGUGGUGUUAAAUUGUUACU